CCAUUGAUUUUCAUCUGACGUCACAAAAUGUCUGCCGUACCCCCGCAUUCGUUAGUAUAAAGCCUUUAAAUACAAGAUACUCGCGUAGUUUUACACAAAUGGAUGGCAGAAAUAACUUAUUUAAUAACAAAUUAGUUUGAUAUUACGAUUUUGUACACGCCAUGUUUGGUAGAUCACUAAAACGCUUCCUCACCAUGGAUUUCACUAUGUGUUUCCUGAAGAAAUUUAUGUGUUUUUUGAUGGUGGUCUGUUCGGUACACAGCCUGCAGUUAGAUAACCAAGCAUCGACGCGACGACCCAGGAUUACGAAAUACAGCAAAACUACUAUAGCCCCUGGAUCAACGGAACCACCAACAGAACGGAGCCUUCUGACAGCAACCUACCGUCUUCAAGGGAGUGGGGGGGAGACAUGCAUUUUACUGGUUGUGGACGCUUUACUUGACAUCUCUUACAUGACCAAACUUAAUGAGCGCGCUGACGCCAACACUUUUGUGCCUAAUAACGCUGUUGCUAGUGGAUCCUGCAAGGAUAGUGAUUUGGAAACAUUGGUUCUUUCGUUCAAGGAGUUCGCAUUGGAAUGGACGUUUGCUAAGACCCCAGGUGGCGAACGCUGGUACGUGGACAGCAUCAGACUAACCUACAACUCCAGCGCACGAAUCCUCGAACACGCGGCCAAACAGGGUCGUAGAGUCACAUUGUCUACUGGCCCUCGUGCGUUGCUUUUCCCCACACCUGUUGGCAAAUCCUUUGACUGCCCUGAUGAAUCUAUUGUGGAGUUGUUGGAGGAGGAUGCUGGAAGCCCCAACACAGCGCAUCGUGCUAAACUCUACCUUCGUCAAAUGCGUCUCCAGCCAUUUAUGUUCCGUCGUGACGGUGUGUUUGGUCCUCCCUGGAAGUGUUCUGACGCCAACCGAACCAGAUCCGAAACGGCACCAGUCGCGGUCGGCUCCGCACUGGCUAUAGCGACCGCUGGUACUCUCAUAGGCUAUGCGAUCUGGCGGUAUUUGAAAGUUAAAAAAGUACAAUACGACACUAUGGAAUGAAGGGGUUGAAUGCGUUCUGAAUUUAAAUCUUACUGUCUUUUAGUUUAUGGUUUAAUUUGUUUUUAAUACUAUAUCUUUGUCUGUGUCGCAUGAGAUGUCGAUAGGCCUUGGCCUGCUCCCGGCCGAAACAUUAUAAUUCGUCUGUGUGGCCAAUUUGAAUAUUAAAAAAAGGCCAAAGCCUAAGAGGUUUUAUUUUAAUUGAAUAUCAGGCUUAUACGUUUGGUAUAUUUAAUUCUAUUAUAAGAGGUUUGCGAUACCUCAAAUACGGAGUUGGAAUGCGUUUAUUCUGGAGCCUAAAAAAUAUUACUCUUUAAAACAAAACUCUCUGUAAAACAUAAUUUAAUUUUUAUUAUUAUUUUUAAAAUUUCGUGAAAGUAUUCCGGGACAUUCCUUGUUCAGAACGCAUUUAAAUAAUAAACGUCCCAGCAUAGCCAAUUGUAGAGUCCCACGCAGUAUUUAUAACGAUAUAAAGCACACGACAUGAUAUCUAUGCACAAUGUACAGUUUACCCAAUUAUUCACUUACCUACGGCACUGACUGUACAAAACUAUUAUAGUUGUUAGUCAAACUAAACUAAAUUUAGUCAUUUUAGUUUAGUCCAUGAACAACGCGUCGUAUCAAUAGUCCCAUGUUAUUGUUGAAAGUUGAUAAUGUUAUUCGUGAAGAACGUAGAAUCACGAAAGUUUGAUGAAUUCGGUAGUUAUGGACAAUGUCAGUUAAAAUAAACUAAAAUUGUAGCUUAUGCUGCGUUUCAGUUUAGUUUAGUUCAAAGUCCAGCUGAAUUGAUAUAGCGGUUUAAUGUUUCAUCAAAAGAUAUAUAGUUGUUUAAAGUUGUUGAUGGUUGAUAAUAAUGUAUAAAUGUAUUUAAUCGUCAUAUUAUUCUAGGUGUCACCCAAAACUCGGUGUACUAAGAUUCAGAUUGACAAAGCAUUUGACAGAUGUCAGAGUUAGUGCGCGCUUAGACUGUCCCUCGGUCUCUUGUCUUUGAAUCUUACCUAAUGUGCUUUUUCUGAGAAACAAGGACAAAAUCUAUGUUUGCAUAUAUUUAACGGAAAUGUGAUUUUUUCAGAAAAAGUAACAUACUGAGUAUUGGGUUUUAUUUUUACUAACAUAUGUACUCCAAAGAAACUCUUAGAAUAGGUUUUAUCGUUUAUUUUUAAGUGGUUUAUAAAAAAAAUCCCUAUAGGGUUAGGAGAAUCGAUGAAAUUCUCCGUUAAAUAAGUGUGUUAUGUAUGUUUGUGCGCUUAACAAUUUGAUGGAUAUAAUAGGAGAGUGUGUAUUAUCCUUGUGUUACAAAGCGCUAAGGAGAGAAAAUGUCAAGUUGCACAAAGCAUUCGUAGUGGUCUGUGGAAAUACUAAAAUACCCAUGAUUUGUAAAUCUAUAAAACUGGUAAAGUCUUUAUAAGAACCGAUUUAUCAAUGCAAACAUAGCACCAAUUAGAAGUAUGUAAUUUAAAAUAAUUUAUCGAAAUGUGUGUCAAAACGUCGACACAUGAUUAAAAUUAUAAUCGAAAUUAAGAAUAAGAGGAAUGUACUGCAGAAAUGUUUGUGAAUGUUGAUUCGAGAAAGUAAAUUCAAAAAAAUAAUGCAGUAGGUAGAUUACAAAACUUAGCUCCAUGAAAAGUAGUUUCUGUGUGAUUACUAUUGUGUAUAUUUUAGACUAUAAACAUAUCACAUGAUAAUAAAUAUACUUUAUAAUUUAAUCAUUUAUUAGAUAUAAUUGAAGGUAAGUAUAUAUAAUUUAUUUUAUCAAUUGUUUGCGGUGUAGUAAACACUGAUAGUACGUGUACAAGCAAUAAUAAUUUUUUAUUCGACGCCGUCGUUGCGACAAAAUGGCUGAAUCGAUGUUGUAUUGUGCGCAAAACUUGGCUCCACUAGUGUAUAAAUAAUUAUAGUUUAAAUAUUUAAUAGCUGCCUUGCGAUUCUGUAACUCACUUACGGUGACGGUGUCAUAUUACACCGUCACGAGUGAUUUGAGAGCGGAAUCCGCUGUGAGAAUUUGAAGAGUGAGUUACAGAUUCGCAAGGCUGGUGAUAUUUUUCUAGAGUUAAUUAAUUGUAUUAUUCCUAGGUUAAGUGUGUUAUUGUAUAAUAUUUGAUUAUUCUAAUUCAAAUUUCUACCGUUUUGCUUACAUUUAUUUCGAAAGGAACUUUCACUAUCCAAACUAUCUUUAACUUAGUAUAUAUUUCAAAAUCUUUUUGCAAGUUUUAAUCAAGCCUAAUCUAAUUUUAACUACCUCUUCUAACUUCCAAGUUUUGUAUCACUUUACUCUUUAUGUACAGAAUUGAUGAUCCAUGUAAGUAAGACCUAAAAAACUAAAUCAGCCUAAAUCACUGUCUUGUAAUGUAAAUGUCGCAGGCAACUAGCUUAAUAAGCCGUUUAAUUAAAAGCCUAGCCUCGCAACUAAACAGCGCCGUUUAACUAGCGGCCUGAAAGAUAUUCAGCCAGUUGAUCAAACAGCUUGGCUAAUGACAUGGAUCGAUGACGUUUCACAACGGAAGAGUAUAGCGACAAUGAUAGUGUGAUUUAAUUUUUGAAGAAAUAUUUUUUAUGUCAAUGUAAACAUUAGCCAGCCAGUUUAUUAAAUGUUUUUAACAAACGCUACGGCGGAAUAUCUUUCAGGCCGCUAGUUAAACGGCACUGUUUAGUUAAACAGCUAGGCUGUUAAUUAAACGGCUUAUUAAACUAGUUGGCUUCGACAUAAACACAAUUUUGAACCAAAGAGCAGGUCAGAUACAAUGUAUGUUAGUUGUAGAAAAAGGUUUUACAUGUAACAUCAAAUAUAUUUUUAUGACUACGAUUUAAGGCAAGGGUGAAGAUGUAAUAUUUGCCCGAAAUGUGUAAGUAAAUAAGUUAUAACAGAUUUAAGUAUAUAAACACUAGUACCAAGUUUUGCUAGUUAAGGUUUGCUGUGUGUAACGCUUAAUUGUGAAGGCUAUUUCUUUAAUACAUUAUACUCAUCAAUUACUCUAACAUAUCGUUUAAUCAGAUUAGUUAUAAGUUGUAUAUUGAUCGCUGUUCGAUCAUGUUUAGUUUGUUAGUGCUGUUGUACACAAACUAACUAAAAAGAAACGUUUUUUAGUUUUAGUUUUGUACAACGUUUAAUAUAGUUCUUAAUCUACGCUUAGUGCUGUAUAAAGCUUUAGUUUUUGAAUCUCUUGCUUUUGUAUUUUCGAAUUUUAUACAAAUGCUAAUCGUUUUCGAAUUACACGUACCACUAUAUCUUGCACUUAGUUUGGAUUUCUUGCGGUGUGUUACUAUAUGCGCUGAUAUGUUCUGGUUCAAUGGAGUGCCUAAGUCUCACCAAAAACCGAACCUAGGCCAAACGCUUUUAAUAACUUAUUUUUUUUUACAACGAUGAUAAAACAAAUGAUAUUUAUUUCCAACACACAAAUAUACACUAACGCUGGCAGCAUUUUCUCGCUACUUAUACUUAUUCGUUGAGCGAGGAAAUCAUCAGCGCAACUCCUCUGCUCAGCUAUUACUGGAUACAGUUGAAGAAGUAGUUUUACUAGUGUUUAACAACAUUUAUAUAAACAGUCUAGAAGCUUAUUAUCAGCGAUAUAGUACCAACACUUCCGCAAUUAACUAAUGAGCGAAAGCUAAAAGUUUCUGAAGUGUUUUCAAAUAAUUGAGAUGUCUAUUUUCCUAAUAUUUUGUAAUGGAUCCCUGUAGCUGUUUCCACGUUAGUUUCUUAGCGUUAUAUAUCGGUGCAUUUAUAAUGAUAAAUAUUAUACUAAAAUAUUAUAUGCCAUACGAUUUGUCUUCCAAUAACAUUGAUCUUAUAACAAUAGUGUAUUGUAGCUUUUAUUGGCGUCGCGUGUUAUAAUUGAAUGAGGAGAGGUUGUUGUAUUGUAAAACGGUUGUCAAUUUUGAAGAAAAACCAAAUUUGUGAAGAUUUUCAUUAAUUAUAACACGUGCGUAUAGUGCAAAAGUGGUGGUGUUAUUAUUUGGACAAAUUGUAACUCUUACUUUCACAACGUAGAUACUUUAGUAUGUUUGAUAUUGUUUAAACUACUAUUUAUAUUGUAUUCGAUGUUCUAAUAUAACAUACACCACUGAUUAGUUGUAAGUGACAUAUCUCAAAAAUUAUUGUAAUUUAGUGCGUUCAUUUAUGAGAUUAUCUUUAUGAAUAAAUGACGUCGAAAUCAA